CUUUUUGUUGUCCCUCAGUACAAAAUCCUUGUCAGCCUUCUGGAGAACAACAUCUACGUCCAUGACCUCCUCACGUUCCAGCAGAUCACUGUGCUGUCCAAAGCACGAGGAGCCUCGCUGUUUGCAUGUGACCUGCAGCAAACGUCUACAGGAGAGGAAACGCUGAGGAUGUGUGUGGCAGUGAAGAAGAAACUGCAGCUGUACUACUGGAAGGACAGGGACUUUCACGAGCUGCAGGGUGACUUUGGUGCUCCAGAUAUUCCAAAGUCCAUGGCCUGGUGUGGAAACUCCAUCUGUGUUGGUUUCAAGCGAGACUAUUACCUUUUUCGGGUGCGUUGUCUGACACUUCCUUCAAUUGUAUUUUG